UGCGCAGUGCGCGGACAGAACCCGACACGGAGGCGCAGUGGUAAAUCAGACAGCGCGAGGAGCUUCAGCGGCACGGAGCACCGAAUUCGUAACGCUGUUGCGUAAAGUAUUUUGGGCGAGUGAGAUCACCGCGGUCUCCCUUACGCUCGGAUUAGACUCGUGAGCGGUUCUGCAGGAGGAGCAAGCCCCGGGAUCCGAACUGACAACCCUGCACCCUCCACCACACCACCGACCCCACACUGGAAAUGUCCGAAAACAAGCCCGACGAUGAGCCGAAGUUGUCUACGACGGACAGGGUGGUGAAAUCGGUGCCCUUCCCCCCGAGCCACCGGCUCACGGCCAAAGAGGUGUUCGAUGGCGAGGGGAAGCCGAAGGUGGACGUGCUGAAGGGGCACCUCACCAAGGAGGGGCGCGUGGAGGAGAGUGUGGCCCUGAGGCUCAUCGCAGAGGGCGCCGCCAUCCUGCGCGCCGAGAAGAACCUUCUGGACAUCGAGGCGCCCGUCACAGUGUGCGGGGACAUCCACGGGCAGUUCUUCGACCUGAUGAAGCUGUUCGAGGUGGGCGGGUCGCCGGCCUCCACGCGGUACCUGUUCCUUGGCGACUACGUGGACCGCGGCUACUUCAGUAUUGAGUGUGUGCUGUACCUCUGGGCUCUGAAGAUCCUCUACCCCAAAACACUGUUUCUGCUGCGUGGGAACCACGAAUGUCGACACCUAACAGAGUAUUUCACGUUUAAGCAGGAAUGUAGAAUAAAGUAUUCAGAGCGGGUGUACGACGCCUGCAUGGACGCCUUCGACUGCCUGCCGCUGGCCGCGCUCAUGAACCAGCAGUUUCUGUGCGUGCACGGCGGCCUGUCACCGGAGAUCACCAACCUAGACGACAUCAGGAAGCUGGACCGGUUCAAGGAGCCCCCAGCCUACGGUCCGAUGUGUGACCUGCUGUGGUCCGACCCGCUGGAGGACUUUGGUAACGAGAAGAACCAGGAGCACUUCACCCACAACACGGUGCGGGGCUGCUCCUACUUCUACAGCUACCCGGCAGUCUGUGACUUCCUACAACACAACAACUUAUUGUCCGUCAUUCGCGCACAUGAGGCACAGGAUGCGGGGUACCGCAUGUACAGAAAGAGCCAGACCACCGGCUUCCCCUCAUUAAUCACCAUCUUCUCGGCGCCCAACUACCUAGACGUUUACAACAACAAAGCGGCGGUCCUGAAGUACGAGAACAACGUGAUGAACAUCCGGCAGUUCAACUGCUCCCCCCACCCCUACUGGCUGCCCAACUUCAUGGACGUCUUCACCUGGUCCCUACCCUUCGUGGGCGAGAAGGUCACUGAGAUGCUGGUAAACGUUCUCAGCAUCUGCUCCAGCGACGAGCUCACCACCGACGAGGAGCUGGACGGACAGCUAAUAUAUGCCCCAAAGAAAGUUGCCACAGCCUCCGCCCGUAAGGAGGUCAUCCGCAACAAGAUCCGCGCCAUCGGGAAGAUGGCGCGCGUGUUCUCUGUGCUCAGGGAGGAGAGCGAGAGCGUGCUGACCCUGAAGGGGCUGACCCCCACGGGCAUGCUGCCCAGUGGGGUGCUCUCCGGGGGCAAGGAGAAGCUGCAGAACGCCAUCAAGGGCUUCUCCCCGCAGCACAAGAUCACGAGCUUCGAGGAGGCCAAGGGGCUGGACCGCAUCAACGAGCGCAUGCCGCCGCGCCGCGACACGCUGCCGUCGGACGCAAGCCUCAACGAGCUCAACAAGGCGCUGUCCUCGGAGACCAACGGCACGGACGACACGGGAGACUCCAGCGGAGGUGGCGGGGGAGACGGGGGCGGAGGCGAGGGCGGUGGUGGUGGUGGUGGUGGUGAUGGUGGUGGUGGGGGCGACGUCGUCGAUGGCGCCGAAGGCGAGGGAGUUGCAAACAUCCAGUGAAGCGGGAGGAGGGAGGGGUCCCCCGAGCACGCCACGACCCAAUCCCCCCCCCCCAUCCCCCACCCGCCCCCCCACAGGCCCAUCCCCGCAUUGAAGCCCCUUUUAUCUGACCCCCCACCCCACCCCGCAGGGCAGAGACAGGCAGAGUGGGGGUGAGGGGUGUGGAGACGGUGGGGACAGGGGGGGGGGUUAAAGUUUGUCUGUGGGAAGGGGGGGGGGAGCUUGUUGCACAUGUUGUGCUCACAUCUCACUUUGCUCGUUUUUCGUUUUUUUUGUUUCGUUUUUUUACAUGCCUUUUUGAAACAUUAGUUCCUUGUCAAUUCUAAGUUAUUGCUGGUUCACGGCUCAGUGCAGUCAGGAGCCCUAGCUCAGUGCAUCCAAGGGGCCGAGCUCAGUGCAGUCCGGGGCCCCGAGCUCAGCGCUGUCAGGGGCCCGAGCAAAGCGCUACAUGUCUUUAUUAGCUCAGUGCUAACUUAAGACAGUGUGUCAGAGGGGGAGAGGAGCCUAUGGGGGGGAUUAGAUCUGUUUGUGUUUGUGUUUGUGAUUCUUUUCUCCGAGAGACCCUUUCUCAUUUACACCGAAAUACUUGGAAAACAUGUUUAACUUCUUACUAACUAUCGUACGUUUACAAAAAUACAGCACUAAGAAAGGACAGACGUGAGAUGUUUUUAAACAUAUAAGGGUGUACAAACUAAAUAAGGACUAUUUAUUGAUGAUUUCCUUUUUGCUACUCGUAUAAAAUAGCUCUGAGAUGAAUUAGGCAGUCUUAAAAAGAAGAAUGUUGCAACAUUGUUGAAAUGCCAAAUACUAGAUUGUCUAUGGUUUUGUACAGAUUAUGCUUACCUCAGGUUCUUUGGUGUGUGCUAUGACCUGAAUUGUCUGUAUAAUGGCUAAUUAACUUGGUAAUGAAUACCUAUUUUCUUGAGUUUCAUAACUGGAAUUUACAUUUUACCUAUCAUUUGCAAAUAUUUGUAUUAUUUGUCUUUAUUUGAGAGAGGUGGGGGGGGUAGAUUUAUCGUGGCUUGCUGGAAUUAUGGAUUGUUUAUUUUAUCUUUAUAAGUAUUGCGAACAAAGUAAAAAAAAAAAAAAAAAAACAGAGAACCUAUAUUAUGUAUAAAAAAAAAUACAAUACAGUGUCUGCCUAUGCAUGUUUUUUAAAAUCGGAUAACGAAGUGGGAUGUCUGGUUUCCAUGGCUGCUGAGGCCUAUUUUCAAAUAUACCGCGCUUUAGUGAACAUGUACUGGAAUCCUAUACCUGCAUCCUCUCAAUACACACAGUGAUGCCCUACGCCUUCAACUGGUUUUGUAUUGAAGCAUUUAACUACGAAAUGGAUGAGAACGAUUUCUAAUCUCUUGCGCGCUUGUUAGUGCACACACAGUCCAAUUAAGCAUGUUUGACGGUUCUUGUGAGGUGUGUGUGUGUGUCUGUGUGUGCGUGUGCGUGUGGUGACAUACAUGUGGAAUUCAAAAAUGCAUGAUAGCAGUUAGUCAUGUAAUGGGUUAAUCCGUUUUUGUUCCGUUUUUGUAAAUGUGCCACAGAAAGUGAAAAAUUAUUAUUAUUAUUUCAAACUCUGCUUUGUAUAUGAGUUACAGGUUUGAUACUGCUCAGUACUUUAAGACGAAACAAAAAAAAUCUUCUAAUCUUUUUUAAGGACUGCUUAAGUGCCCAAGUAAUUCACUACACGACAGGACGCCUUGCUUUUGUAAUUAAACCUUUAAAACUGUUGGCAGACGAGGCAUGCACUUGCAACUAUGAAAAGUAUUUUAUAUAAAUGUUCAAUAAAAUGUGCAUGAAUUUCAACUUGAACCCGUUUUUGUGUGUGAGAGUGCGUGAGUGUGUGCGUGCGUGCGUCUGUGUGUGUGUGUGUGUGUGACUAUGCCAGAAUGUUAUGUCGUCCGUCCUCUGCCAAUGAAUAUACAAUCAUCAAAAAUAAAAUCGAAUACCUAAAAAACGUGAUGGUUCAUCAUAUUUGCAUUGUGAUUGAGUGCAUUGAGAUUCAAGGUCCACACUGGAGAGGGUCCAAGAAGCAUCUCCCGAAUCCAGGUAAAUAUUCAGUCUAAAUGAACGUGUGCAGGAGGUGAAGAAGCCACGCCCACAGGGUCUGGUUGAUCAGGAACAUACCACAUUAUAUUGUGUUACCCCCGUGUAGAAGCAGAAGCUAUCAGAACUGGUGUUCGCACUAGGAAUGGGUGGUCCAGUGAGGUAGGUAAUGUUUGCUUUGAUAUCAUGGGAUCUAAUGAGCUAACAUGAUCAAUUAAUUGUCAUCCGUUGACAAAUGUGGAAUUAGGUUUAACCAACUAGUCGCAGAACAAAAUACCAAUGUGUGAUUUGUUGCCAGGUCUCGCGAUACAGCUAUUACCCCGUGAUCUGGUGAGUGGUUGACUUAUAACAGGUUUCCCACCAGGUUCAUUUGGCACGGACUGGAAUACUCCGAUGGGAAAUGGUUUCGCCGGCCAAUUCCAUGAUUAAGUGUACAAGAAGAUAAGAGUUAACCCGAUAAAUGUCCACAUAAUUACAUACAUUAUGUAAUAAUAAUUACAUUAUUCCCUCGAAAGUGAAAGAAAUUCUUUAUUAUUAUUAUUAGGUGCAUUGUGGGUUUUCCGCUGUUUCUGUACUGAUGCCAAAAAGCAACAACACGGGUAUUAACGGUGGUAUUAACACGCAGGGGAGUGCAAACAGACGCUGCAGAUUGUUCAGUUCCUGCGGCUCCAUGACCCUGUGGGUCUGACAUUUUGUGGCCACGAGGGAAAAAACAAAUCUGUGA